AUGAUAUCUCACAAAGAAAAGGAAAAGAAGAAAAAAGAGGUCAUCAGCCUCAGACCUCAGGUGGCUAAAGAAGAGAACGCAUUUGCUGUCUGCCAUAUUUUUGCAGCCUUCAGUGACUCCUUUGUCAGUGUGACCUCUCUCUUCGGCAAGGAAGCCAUUUGCCCCAUGACUGGUGGGAUGACCGUUAAGGCAGACCAAAAUGAAUCUUUGCCAUAUGACAUGUUGGCCACCCAGGUUGUGGCUCAGAGCUGCAAGGUGCUUGGCACCACUGCCCUACACAUCAAACCCUGGCUCACAGUAGGAAAUAGGACCAAGACCCUUGGAUCUGAGGUGCACUCAGUCCUCAGAGCGCUUGUCCGUUCAGAAAAGAAGAUCGAGCAGAUUGAAGAUGUCAUCUCCAUCCCUUCUGACAGCACCUGCAAGAAGGGAGGUCACCAUUUGUGA